AUGAGUAGUAGUACCGGAACCAUGUCCAAUAACCCUAAUGAUCAGUGGCUCCAAUUCUACACCCAAAACCUCAAUUCUUCUACUCCUGCUUCAAUGUUUUGCCAUGAUCAAGUCUCUGAUGCCACCAACGUCACCACGACCACUACAACUUCAUCUUUACCGGGUCAUGCCGGUUCAGGUCACCCGAGCUCCAGCACCAACAACAGCUUGAGCCCGGAUCAAGGCCGAGUUUCGAAGCCGGCUCGGAAAAGGUCUAGAGCCUCAAGAAGAACUCCCACCACGCUACUCAACACGGACACUACCAACUUUCGUGCCAUGGUGCAGCAAUUCACUGGGGGUCCUACUACGGCGUCGUUUCCCGCUGGUGCGUCGAAUCUUAGCUUUGGCCUCGGCCCCACCAGGCCACAGAGCUUUGUGGUGCCUCCCGGGGCGGCGGGGUACCAUCCUCUACAACCUCAGCAGCAACAACUCUUACAACAACAACAACAGCAACAAUACCAACAGCGUCAGAGCCAGCAAUACUUGUUUUCGCUGAACAACAACAACGACAACGUUAACGGUGGAGAUCGUGGGUUUCUUGAGAGAUUGUCAUCAAGAGUGGGACCCACAAACAUGGUGAUGGGACUGUCGUCCGAUCAUGAUCAUCAUGAGUUUCUGAGGGAGGGUGCUGCAUCUCAAGUGCCUUCUUCUGCUAGGCCGCCCAGUUCUAAUACUUCUGCCAAUGAGAACAGGAGUUACAUGUUUUGA